UUAUUAAUCUCUUCACUCACUCUAUCUAUAGACUACAAUAUAUUACUAAACAUAGUUCUAACGAUGAUUCAACUUGGUAUCAACUAUUGCUAUAGCAAAACAGUUGGUGUCUAUCGUCAAGUACCAGCAUCCUUCAAUGAGAUGUUCUCCAUACUCUCCAUCUAUCACAUAAUGUAUAUCGCAGUGAUAUUCACAAGUCAGCCAUUCCUCCUCUACUCCCUACUUAGUCUGAGAACCAACUCAUUCUCUCUUUGGCCACGUCUUGUAAUCAAUUGUGUCGAUCUUCCUAAUGGAAAUGGUAUUGCCCAAUGCGAAGUAUAUAGCAAUCCAUUCUUUUACUGUUUCCUCAUCGUAUCUCUAUCGAUCAUUGGUGCGAUACUCUACAGGACCUACUCGUACUCUGAGUACAUUCUGUCAUUCCCCAAACUCCAACAGCAUUCAUUGAAGCAACAGGUCAAGUCUGCCAUAUACUCCAACUUCUGGACUGCCUUUUACACUUCAUUCUACCUUGCCAUAGCCACAUUCUUCUAUGGUAUCAUACUCCUGAUUGAGAAUAACAAUGUGUUCUUAUUGCAAGGACUUGGUUCAUCUGAUCCAUUGGUUCAACACCACGCAUGGAGAGACUUCCUUCAUCUCAGCCAGUACUCAGAGGGUAGACGUUCCUAUCUCUUCAAUGAGAUGAAGCAAAUGGCAGAGUCUCCAUCCAUCAUCAAGAUUGUUCAAGAGUAUGAGCGUAUGAUGACAGAUGUCAUCAACAAACUUCAAUGUCCACCAGAACAUUACCAACAACAGCAGCAGCAACAGCAGAACCAGAAGGAGGCGACGGACAUUACCACAACUUUGCUUCAUGGACUACACAAACUCCUUGGCAUUUCCGUUGAGUUUGACAUCUAUGAGUGCGAGAUCAGACAGUGCAUGUCCAACACACAGCCAAUUGUUUGGGCCAUCGAAGCGCUCUCUGCCUUUGUCAUGUCCUCAUUGGACACAUCGAAUAGAGAGUCACGUGAACAUGUCAACCUCAUUCAUCAGUAUCACAUUCUUCAGAGAUUCCUCAGUCCACUGGUUGAAUUGAUGGCAAUACUCGACCGACUUGAGCUCAAGAACACUUCAACCACCACUUUGACCGAGUCAUCAGUGAUACCUGAUACAAUAUUCCUUCGAAGACUCCUUGGCACAUCGGAAAUACCUCCAACUUGCAUUGGAAUCCUAUCAACAGUCAGACCUCACUUUAGACUGUUGAAAUAUGUUGGCAAGAACAUUAUAUCUCAUUUACUCAACUCUUUCGGUAAUCAAUUAUCAGAUAGUUCAUUCCCUUAUCAAUACCGACUCCUGCUCAAAGAAUACAGACAAUCAAAUACUAUGGUAUUUGGUGGUAAU